CGCAGUCGAUUAUUCUUACGACUACGACUUUACGACUUCUAUGUAGACGAGGCUUUUUACCAGCAGAGACGCACGCAGCGCCCCGCAGCGGUCUCUCUGGUUUCGCGCCUUCGGACUUCGGAGUUCGGACACUUCGGACGAGCUGGCCGGUCGCUGGAAUCUGGAUUGCCGCGCGUACGUUGUUGCUCGAAAGUCUGAUAAUGUAUCGGAAUAGGCCGGUGAAGGGAUUCACGUCCCCUCUGAUCGUUGAACCGCGACCAAGCACCGAGGAAAGUGAGGAGAACAAGGUAUCCAUCCGUCACGAAAAAGCGCAGAGCACCAUUCAUUGGACGGAAAAACCUCCCCGGAAUAACUUACAGAUUUUGAACUUGUUCGCGGUGACUCAAGAAAAUGAGGUCGGCAACGCGGAGAGUAAUCCAUCGAGGAAACGAGACGUCAUUUCGCCGGUACGCGAGAAAGAAACGCCGGUCGUUGAUUCGCCCCGAGCAACGGCAAAAAUCGUAUUCAACGUGAUGUACGGCAAAAUAUCUUCGAGGAAACACAAAACGUGGGACGGCGACGGCUUGCUGGAAGUAAUUGGAAAAAGCGCAAUUCUUAAGGACUUGGAUGGUAACGUUAUGGGGAGAGCUACAGUCAAUCCAAGCAACGUCGCAGAAGGCUCCAGAUUAAUUAUAAAAGAUAAACAAAUAGAAAUUCUAGACCAGACAUCACAAGAUCUACCUGUACCGGAGAAGAAUUCCGACGUGGCAGCGGAGAAACCGCUACGAAAAAAACCUAAAACAUCUGCCAUACGUGGUGCAUUUGUGUCACCGGAGAGGAAAGAAAGUGCUACAGUUGACGAGAAGAAAGAGUCUACCGAUUCACCCGAAGCGAAGAUAAAGAGUAUAUUCAACGUGAUGUACGGCAAAGUAAGUUCGAAGAAGCACAAAACAUGGGACAGCGAUGGUUUGCUAGAAGUCACCGGCAAAACGGCGAUUCUUAAGGAUUUGGAUGGUAAUGUUUUGGGAAGAGGUACAAUCCAUCCAAGUAAUGCGAUAGAAGGCUCCAGAUUGGUUGUAGGAAACAAACAAGUUGAAAUCGUGGAUCAGGUGUCGCAAGAGCUGUUUGUACCAGAGAAGAGUCUUGAGGAGACGGUAGAGGAAUUGUUAAGAAACAAGGCCAAGGUACCUUCGACACGUGCAUUUGUGCCCUUGUUUUCAUCCACGAAAGGACUGGCAUUGAAUAGUGAGCCCUUAGUGAUGCCAUAUUUAAAUUCUAUUGAAUGGACGGACCUGAAAGAACAGGAAGUCUCGGUUGAUUCUUGUUUAGUGGCGAAAUUUAGAGAACAUCAACGCCAUGGAAUUGUGUUCCUUUACGAAUGCUUAAUGGGACUGAGAGUGCCAGAUUACUUCGGCGCGAUCUUGGCUGAUGAAAUGGGCCUCGGCAAAACCCUACAAUGUAUCGCAUUAAUUUGGACAAUGCUGAAAAAGGGUCCAUACGGCAAUCCGAUUGUCAAACGCGUGUUAAUAGCAGCACCUAGUAGCUUGUGCAAUAACUGGGAAAAGGAAUUUAUAAAAUGGUUGGGCUCCCACAGGAUGUCGCCGUAUGUUGUGAGCGGAAAGAACAGGCUCAAAGAUUUUAAAGCUCAUCCGAGAAAUUCGGUGAUGAUCAUCAGCUAUGAAAUGUUCGUAAAAUGCCAUACGGAGAUUAGCGAAAUCGCUUUUGAUUUGAUUGUAUGUGACGAGGGCCACAGGCUGAAAAAUAGCAAUGUGAAAGCAGCAAAGCUGCUACACGGAAUGGAUUGUAGGAAACGAAUUAUUUUAACGGGCACACCCAUACAGAAUGACUUAAAAGAAUUUUACACACUGAUCGAUUUUAUUAAUCCUGGCAUUCUUGGGACUCCUACCGAGUACAAGCAUUAUUACGAGGAACCUGUCGUUGCAUCUCAGUGUCCUUACGCCGAUGAUGACGUUAUCGCUCUGGGAAAAGAGAGAUCCACAGAAUUAUAUGAACGCACCAAAGCUUUCAUUCUGAGACGUACGCAGACAACGAUAAACAAGUACCUGCCGCACAAAUAUGAAAUAGUCCUGUUUUGCUCUUUGUCCAAGGAACAAAGAGAUUUAUAUUCUCUCGUUACCGACGCUUGGUUCGACAAGAUUUGUCUAGAGGACAAGAGUAACAUACAUUUGUCCAUUAUUACUGCUCUUAAGAAAAUUUGCAACCAUCCAAAUCUGUUCGUAAACGAAAAGGGGAGCGUGUUACAUGACACUUUGUCAAAGGCGUCAUUUAUGUCGCAAAUGAAACGCGACGAAAACUUCACCGAAUAUUGUGGCAAAGUCACAAUUCUACAGGCAUUAAUGAGAAAUCUGAAAAAGACUGACGAGAAGUUGGUGUUGGUUUCCUAUUACACACGAACGCUUGAUCUUCUUGGGACCAUCUGCAAUAUGGAAAGAUUAAAAUUCUUAAGAUUAGAUGGUACUACCUCAUCCUCUAAACGAUCAAAGAUUACCGAGCAGUUUAAUACGCGAACCGAUGACAGCAAAAUUCUCUUGUUAAGUGCAAAGGCGGGUGGUGUCGGUUUGAAUUUACCUGGCGCAUCUAGACUUGUGUUAUUUGAUUCCGAUUGGAAUCCUGCAUCUGAUGUGCAAGCAAUGGCAAGGAUCUGGAGAGAUGGACAGAAGAAGGAUGUUUACAUUUAUAGAUUUUUGACCACUGGGACAAUAGAAGAAAAAAUAUAUCAAAGACAAAUUAGCAAAGCCGGUUUGAGUGAGUCUGUGGUGGAUCUGAAUCACCUCGGAUCUCUAAAAUUAUCAACCGCGGAAUUGAAGGAUUUAUUUACAUUGGCAAAUGAUACAAUUUCAUUAACACAUGAUUUAAUGAAUUGUUCUUGUUCCGGCCAGAUGGAACACUUACCUUCUGAAGAAUUGAAAGAGAAAAAUAAUGAGACGCGAGAUUAUCAAUUUACAUUGAACGAUAAGUCAUCUCAACAAAAUUUAACUAUAAACCAGCUUCGAGAUUGGCAUCAUUAUAAGCAACCAAUUCCAUCUGACGUUAUGCAGGAUAUAAUGUUAACAGAAGUAAGUAGCAAUAUAACAUUCAUAUUUAAAAAUUCAACGAUACAUAGGACAUAAUUUCAUUAAAUAACGAAGCGUUAUAUAAAUCAUGCGUUACAAAAGCUAUAACUGUUAUAAAACUAUAUAUUUUAUAAACCAUUGUGUAUACAUUCCAAGGUAUUAAAUCCAAUAUUUAAGGAGCAAAAUA